AUGCCGCCGACUCUCUCUACAGCCGUCGCCACCUCUCUCUCUCUCCAUCGUCGCGCUGCCUCUCUCUCCUCCAUUGUCGCCGACACUCUCUCUCCGCCGCCUCUAUCCUCCACCAUCGUCUCUCUCUCUCUCCUCUGGUUUCCCGACGACGACGAGAUCUGCUUUCUCUCUCUUCAAAGCUGCUGCCUCUGUCACGUUCGUUCUCCUUUCCCUUUCUUUGUCGUCGCCGGCACCGUCGAGAGCUCCAUUGUCGUCGUCGCCGCCCUCUCUUCCAUCAUCGCCGGCGUUCUCCCCCGCUGCAGCGCUUCUCUCUCAUGGGCGGCGGUGCUACGCAGAAGAAGACAGGCUGGAGGAAAAAUCGCGAUCUCCUUUCCCUCUCUCCACCGUCGUCGGCGCCGUCGAGAUAGUCGACUUUCUCUUUCUCUCUCUCAUCCGCCGGCGUUGCCUCCUGUUUCCUCCGCCAUGGCUCUCUCUCUCUCUCUCUCUACAUCACAAAAGGGAAAGUAA